AUGGCCCAACGUUAUGAAUUCGCCGAGCUCAAGCUCUCGAAUGGGAUUCGCCUACUUACAAUCGGCUCUGGCGAUCAUGCGGCACCUUUACAGUGCUUCAUUACGGAACACGCAAUAGCAGAAGCCCCAUUGUAUGAGGCACUUUCGUACGCAUGGGGCUGUCCUGACAGCAAAGACGAAGGUCGUCCUUCUAUAACCUUGAACGGCCAACAACUUGACAUAUCGUAUGCACUGGAGCAGGCACUGCGAAGACUACGAAAAGCCGAUAGUGCGCGGGUUAUGUGGAUUGAUAGAGUUUGCAUCGACCAGGCAAACGAAGACGAGCGCACUGCCCAAGUGGCUCUUAUGCCGUACAUUUAUCGCAGCGCAGCAAGAGUGGUUGCGUGGAUUGGGGAGAAGACCCAUGAUAGUGAUCGUGCGCUGUUGUUUCUGAAGGAAAUGGCUAUGCAUCAGAAGUACUAUCUACGGAACAUUUGGCGAGAUGGUGAACGAUUAGGAAGCGACACAAGUUCUGAGUGUGGUGCUGGAGUUUCUGCCAGUCCUUCUGAGGGAGGGGCAAACUUGGUGAAUGAUGCAUGGGAGCCCCUCUCACAGUAUUUCAGCCAUCAAGAAAUUGAAGGGAUGAAAAGGCUGAGUAUAACAGAUGUAAGAUAUAAGAUUAUGGACAACAACAAGCAGAACGGACACAUUCUUACGGGUGUUCCUGUCUUGUAUACCUCCGCGUACCAUCCGUUCUUCGAGGAUGCUCGACAAGCCGACUGGGAGGCUCUUGACAACCUUUUUGCAAGGCCAUGGUGGUCGCGAACAUGGGUGGUGCAGGAGAUUUGGCAAUCGAGAGAGGCUAUCCUUCAGUGCGGGGACUCGAAACUCAAAUGGACUACCGUGAGAAAGGCCAUGCAGUACCAAGAGGCCUGGGACGAUAUGGGUUGCUUAGUUAGGAGUACUAAGCGAUGGGAGCUUUGGGCCACUUUGAAGCGGCGAUAUGGGCUGGCAAUACACAUCUCUCAGAAGAGACUUUUCGCCAGCAAAUUGUCGGAUCUGCUGUGGAAUAUCUGGGAUCGAGAUGCUACUGAUCCGAGAGACAAGGUAUUCGCCAUCUUGGGUCUUGUUGGAAAGGACUACAGCGACACUUUGCCUGAUAUAGACUAUUCCAAGUCUAUGGAGCAGGUAUAUCGAGAGACGGCGUCUUUCAUCAUGAUGCGGGAGAAGACACUCGAUCUUCUUCUCGCCGCGUCCGGUCUCCAAAGCCAAGGGACUUUGCCAUCGUGGGUUCCCGACUGGAGGCGGGCGGCCAACGAAUAUCGACCAGCUCUCUUCAUCAAUGCCUCUUUGAUGCGAAUACAAUGUUACUUCAUUGGUUCUGCGGAGGCUCUAUAUCUCAAUGGCCAUGGAUAUUCUGCUUCAGGAGGACUAGAGGCUCGAGUGGCUUUCAAUGAUGAUCUAAGCAUUUUAUGUGUUUACGGCCUGCUUUUUGAUGCCGUAACGGAAGUUUCAGCAGAUUGCGGGGCCUUUCCCAGUUAUGAUAACAUCAUUCGAGCUUCAGACUCUUUGAUGAGAAAGUCAUACCGGAACGGUCCGUCACUACCGAAGGCUCCUCUCGGUGAGAAGGAACUGAAGAGGAUUCUUACAGCAGGGUCAUUCAUAGACCCUCAUAGCUUGCGGACGGAGAGCCAGGUCAUCGAAAAUGUCAUGAGGCUAAGGCGCUGUUUUGUCACGAAAGGCGGCCAUUUCUGCGUUGGGCCCUCUAAAACGCAACCCGGAGACGUCGUCUCGAUUCUUGCUGGCUGCAACUUCCCGAUGGUCCUUCGACCCAUUGGCAGCCGCUUUCACUUAGUCGGAGAGGCCUAUGGAACAUCCGAAUGGGCCAGUAUCCUCAUACAAUAG